GCUCCCUCCCAACCCUUCUCCCCCACCCCCUCCCAGGGAUCGUAAGCGCGUGUGGAGGGGAUGCUGAGAGCCACCUCCAGCCUCGGGUGACUGCUGAAACUUUCAGCUCCUCUCACUGUAACACUAUGAAGUUCCUCAGGGAGCCCAGGAGCCGGACAGCUGCUCUUCUGCCUCUUUGCUUGCUCUUCUUGAAGAUUCUGCAACCAGGGCACAGCCACCUUUAUAGCAAGCGCUAUGCUGGUGAUAAGGUGAUAAGACUUUAUCCCAUUACAGAAGAGGAAGCGUAUGCACUGAAGAAAAUAUACCACCAACUCAAGGUGGACCUGUGGCAGCCCAGCAGUAUCUCCUAUGUAUCAGAGGGAACAGUUACUGAUGUCCAUAUUCCCCAAAAUGGUUCCCAAGCCCUGUUAGCCUUCUUACAGGAAGCCAACAUCCAGUACAAGAUCCUCAUAGAAGAUCUUCAGAAAGCACUGGAAGAGGGAAGCAGUUUGCGAAACCAGAGAAAUAGAAGAUCCCUCUCUGGAUAUAAUUAUGAAAUUUAUCACUCCUUAGAAGAAAUUCAAAAUUGGAUGCAUCAUCUGAAUAAAACUCAUUCAGGCCUCAUUCACAUGUUCUCUAUUGGAAAGUCAUACGAGGGAAGAUCUCUUUUUGUUUUAAAGCUGGGCAGAAGAUCACGAGCUUACAAAAGAGCUGUCUGGAUAGACUGUGGUAUUCAUGCAAGAGAAUGGAUUGGUCCUGCCUUUUGUCAGUGGUUUGUAAAAGAAGCUCUUCUAACAUAUAGGAGUGACCCAACCAUGAGAAAAAUGUUAAAUCAUCUGUAUUUCUAUAUCAUGCCUGUGUUUAACGUUGAUGGAUACCAUUUUAGCUGGACCAAUGAUCGAUUUUGGAGAAAAACCAGGUCAAGGAACUCAAGGUUUCGCUGCCGUGGAGUUGAUGCCAAUCGUAACUGGAAAGUGAAAUGGUGCGAUGAAGGAGCUUCUAACCACCCUUGUGAUGAUACGUACUGUGGACCUUUCCCAGAAUCUGAGCCAGAAGUGAAAGCUGUAGCUAACUUCCUCCGAAAACACAGGAAGCACAUUAGGGCUUACCUCUCCUUUCAUGCAUACGCUCAGAUGUUGCUGUAUCCCUAUUCUUACAAAUAUGCAACAAUCCCCAAUUUUAGCUGUGUGGAAUCUGCAGCUUAUAAAGCUGUGAAUGCCCUUUGGUCGGUAUACGGGGUACAGUAUAGAUAUGGACCUGCCUCCAGCACAUUGUAUGUGAGCUCUGGUAGCUCAAUGGAUUGGGCCUACAAAAAUGGAAUACCCUACACAUUUGCUUUUGAACUACGUGACACUGGGCAUUUUGGAUUUUUACUCCCCGAGGCGCUCAUCAAACCCACCUGUACAGAGACCAUGCUGGCUGUGAAGAAUAUCACAAUGCACCUACUAAAAAAGUGUCCCUGA